AUGUCCGCGCCGCGCCUCGCCGUCGGCGUCGCGCGCGCGCGCGCGACGUCGACGAUCGAGACGACGACGACGACGACGCGCGCCGCCGCCGCCGCCGCCGCGAGGAGACGCGCGGCGACGGCGACGUCCGCGGCGCGCGCCGGUCGGAUAACAUCGCCAUCGUCGCUCCGACGAUCGCGCGCCGCGAUCGUCGCGUCGGCGAAGCGCGACGCCGACGACGAGAAGGACGUCGUCGCGACGAAGGAGAAGGAGAAAGAGAAGGAGGAGAGGGAGAAGGUGAACCUCGCGGAGGAGUUCAAGGCUGGGAUGAACUUCGGGAACGCCAUCAAGGCGAGGUUCACGUCCGCGCGCAUCGACGAUCGAGGCCUCCCCAUCGCCGACGCGCUCGUCGUGACGACCGUGCCGGUGUUCGUCUCGAUCGUCGUCCUCGCGCUCGGCGUUCCGCGCCCGUCGUGGCUCGUCCCCGCGCCGUGGGUCCCGCGCUGGCGGUCGCUGCCGCUGCUGGUUCCCGCGCUGUCGCACGGCGCGAAGCUCGCGGCGUGCUGGAUCCCGGGCGCGCUCGCGGCGAGGGCGUACGAGCGAGAGGCGUACGACGGCACCGUGGAGGAGGCGGUGAGGCGCGUUCACGUUUACGCCGGUCCCCGUACGACCGCGUUGGCGCGGUGCACGCCUCGGACGAUACGCGGCGGGUGCUUCGCGAUCGGGCUGCUGAUACUGGUGACGCAGUUUUCGCUCGCGGCGGAGUUCGCGGCGCGAGGGAUGGAGCCGCCGAGGCUGGGGGACUCGUACGAGACGGAUCUGAUCUUGAACGGCGCGGCGUCGGAGCUCAUCGCGGACGCGUUCUUCGAGGCUAUCUUCGUGAUCGGAUGGCGCGUGAUACGGUGCAAGACGGACAUUCCACCGGACGAUCCGUGGUGA